AUGUCGACGACGGACCUCGCCGCGCUCCUCGCGCAGUCCAAAGCGCUGAACGCCCAAUUCGCCCGGCCCGAGCUCCCGCAUGUGCAGCUCUCGCUCGACCAGAUCGAGGCGCAGAGCCGGCGGCUCGUGAGCCAGCAGCCCGGGGCGCAGCAUGACCAGGCCCGCGCGAACUAUUUGCUAGCGCAAGCACGCGUAGACGCCCCAGCGCUCGCCGCCAGCAUCGCCUCGCUCAAUGCCCAAAACACCUUCGCGCCCCUCCAACCACUGCCGGACACAGACGUCGCCGGCUUCCUCCGGCACGCGCACGAGCAGUCCAUAAUCGGCACCAUCGAGUCCGCGCGCAAAGAAACGCAAGACGAGUUCUGCGCGCAGCUCGAGAAGCGCGCGGCGAGCGACUGGGCCGCGCGGAAGGCGCGGGUGUUCGAGGAGCUGGGUCACGGGGCGGGCGCUGCGAGCGGGAGCAAGGCUGUUGCUACAAGGUCUUCUGGUGCGGGAGCUGUUGGUGUAGGCGGCGGGAAGAGCGGGCCGUUGAGCGCGCAGACGCAGGCGAAGAUGAUGGCGUACGACAGGCCCAUCGUCGAGCUUAACACCGCGAGGCUCAAGGGCCAGUCGUACCCGAUAAUCCACGAGCUCGCACGCGUGUCCAUGGCUCUCAAUCCAGACCACACGAACCAAACGACGCAAACCCUGCACAUCCUCUCCAAAAUCGCGCUCGAGCCGCCCGCCCUCCCCUCGGCCGAACACCCCGGCGCCUCCACCACCCCCACCUUAUUACGCCGACACGCGCCGUCCUACUUCUCCUCGCCGCACUCCGCUCCACACACCGCCCUCCUGCGCCAAAUAUCGCUCGGCGCACGUGAAGCGCUCGAAGAGCAAUACACGCAGAUCCUCGACCGCACCAUCUUCGCCCAGCCCCUCGCCGCGCGCCUCGGCGGCGACCCCUCCCUCCCGAACAAAGUGCGCGCCUUCCUCCUCGUCCGCUUCUACAAGUCCGGCGAAUGGACCUCCAAAAUCGAGCUCGUCGCCGCGCAGCCGCUCUGGGCGAAGCUCUUCCUCCUCCUCCGCGUCGGCGCCUCCUCCGACGCCUUGAGCGAAGCCCUAUCGCACCACGCCGCGCUCGACGCGCGCGAACCCGGUUUUACCUCCCUCUUCCGCUCCUACCUCGAGGACCCUGGAAGGAAGUUAAACAAGGCGAACCGCGACGCCGUGCAGAGCGCGUACAACGCGCACAUGCUGCACGCCGCCGCCGCGGACCCGUUCAAGCUCGCGCUGUACAAGCUCAUGGGCCGCCUCGACCCCGCGCGCCGCUCGGUGCCGCUCGUCACGAGCACGACGGAAGACUGGCUCUGGUUCCAGCUCGCCAUGACGUCCGAGGACGACUCGGACCCUUCAUCUCCAUCUUCUCUGCGCGCGCUGGGCGACACGCUUUUGGGGUACGGACCGGGCCAUUUUGCUAGUAGACCGGGCGCGUGGGCGGCGGCGCUGUUUUGCGCGGGGUUGUUCGAGCGGGGUGUGGCGGCGCUGUUGGAGAGGGAGGAGACGUACGUCGAGGGCGUGCAUAUCGCCAUUGCGCUCGCGUACCACGGUUUACUACGCGUCUCUGGGCGCGCUGAGACGAGCGACGUCUCACCCCUAUCGACCCCACCAAACGCCCCGCCCUCCCUCUCCCUCGCGCCCACCCUCUGGCGCUACAUCCGCCCCUUCUCCAAGACGGACGCCAAAGAGGCCCUGCAGUACAUCUACACGCUCCCGCUCGCCGCCGACCAGCCCGGCCCCGCGGGGCCCGAGCAGCUCGAGCUGGCGUACGAGCUCGUGCUCAAGGUCAUCGUGGGCGCGCAGAGCGGGGUCGGGUGGGACGAGCUCGUGGGCGGGUUUGGGGGGGACGGGACGCAGUUCCCCGGCGCGAUCACGCAUUCCCUACCACUGUUGAACCUAACCCCAUCAACAUUCUCCACCCACAUCCUCUCCCGCGCCGCCCACACAGCCCAAUCCACCGCGCGGCCCCUCGAAGCCGUAAAGCUGUACAACCUGUCGGGCGACUACGCCACCGUCGUCUCGUGCCUCGCCCAAUCGCUCUCCUCCGCGCUCUCCUCCGCUCCCAGCAGCACCACCGACGAGGUGAAGGAGCUCGAGAAGGUCGCGCGCGAGAUUGUAAGGAGCUAUGAAAGAUUGGGGCGCGCGGUGGGCAAGGAACGGGACGCGGUGUGGUGUUUGUUGGCUAUACGCGAGGCGCUGGAUCUUCGCGCCGAAGGCCGAUUCGAAGCCGCGCUCGAGACGCUCGACCGCACGUCCCUCCUCCCGCCCGACACCGACAUCUCCCGCCUCGCGCGGCGCGCCGAGUCCUUCCGCGACGCGCACGAGUCGCUCGCGCGCGCAGCAGGCGUGUACGUCCCGCUCGCCAUGGACUGCCUCGCCGCGAUCUACCGGCGGACGAAGAGCGCUGGGGGCGGGGGCGUGGGCGAUGCCGGGCGUGCAGCCACGCUCGCGGGGAUCCGGACGAAGGCGAAGGCGCUGACGAGCUUCGCGGGCAUGAUUCGGUAUCGGCUGCCGAGCGAGACGCAUGCGCAUUUGCAGAGGCUGAAUGUCGAGAUGGGCGUGUAA